UAAAAUACAAACUCAGAACCUUAAAUAUCAAAUAGGAUCUGGGAGAGAAACAAUAAACAAGUAUUUACAAACUCUUCAUAAACAUUUUGCAUUACUGUUGCGAAUAUACAUGAAAACAGAGUAUGUGAAGGUAAUAAUACAGGUAAAACCAGAGUUUUACGUCACACCGGAAUCGGAAGUGUUACGACUUCCUGUUUCGCCUCCUGAUGUUAAACGUCAAAACAAAACCGCAAUGAUCGGAUCUAUCUUUAACAGAAAGGGUCAAUAAUAACAGCGCCGUCCUGUCAGAGCAUCGCUGUGUGACGGCGGGCGGAGAGGUGAGUCUGUUUUCAGUGGAAAUGGAGCUUACAGCAGAGGAGAGGCAGCAGGUGGAGGAGCAGGUGGAGCGGUUGCUCAGUGGCCAGGGGUCAGAAGUCACGAGGUGUGACAUCGGUCUGGAUCAGAGCAAGCCGGCGGCUCUGAGGAAGAACAACACCUACAUUGUCUGCGCCAUCAUCUUCAAUGACAAGGAGGAGGUGCUGAUGGUGCAGGAGGCGAAGCCUGACUGUUAUAAGCAGUGGUACCUUCCAGCAGGGAGGAUGGAGGUGGGGGAGAGCCUGGAGGAGGCGCUGAAGAGGGAGGUGAAGGAGGAGGCAGGGUUUGACUGUGAGCCAAUCACCUUGUUGCUGAUCCAGGAACAGGGACCGCAGUGGAUCCGCUUUAUCUUCUUGGCCAAGAUCACAGGUGGGAGUUUAAAGAGUCCAUCAGCAGCAGAUCAGGAGUCUCUUCAGGCUGCCUGGUGGGACAGACAGUCCACCCUCCCCCUCAGAGGACGAGACAUCCUCCGUCUUAUCGACUGUGGACUCAAGUACCAUCGGGAUCCCUGGCACCCUGUCACUUUGCCUGUAGACUUGAGCUGCCGUCACGUGGUUCAGAGGCUCGUCUUGGCCUUCGUUGGAGCCGGGGAGCAGAUCUGGAUCCUGCUGAUCAGAGCCCCGGUGCCCCACAUCCCCACAGCAGCAGCUCUGAGGACCCAUGCCGUCACCUGGGGGGCCAACAUGGUGGUGCAGGAAGCCCUGCCGUCCUCCUACUACAACUACGACGUCAACACGCUGGGCGUCUUCAGCCUGCAGCACAACGGGCGGCAGCAUGGCAAGACGGACGGCGUGUGCUUCAACACGCUGGUGGUGCUGGUACCCGACCUCGUCCAGCGCGACGAGGACGGACUGAAGGUGGAGUGUCCGGUGCCUGGGCAGCCUCCACCUGUGGAGAACUCCAGAUACGUCUGGCUGGAGGUGCAGAGACCAGCGCUGAGAGAGAAACUGCUGGAAAUAAGCAGAAACACGUCCCUGCUGCCGAUCCACAGCCUGUACUGACUAGUCGUUCCUCAGCAGGACUUUAAUUGUUAUUAAAUCAGUUACUGUAAGGUUCAGCUUUAUAUUUAGCAGAUGCUAGAGAAUCAGACCCUGAGUUUCUUUUCCCCUCCAUCUGAUAAAAUAAAACAGUUUAUUCAUGAGAGAAAAACUAAAUUAAACUCCAACAUUAACGAGGCAACACUAAACACAACAUGCACGUUUCAAUGAAAUUAAAUAAACAGAAGAUUUUCUUGUAUUUUUUAAAUGAAAUGUUAAACUGCAACCAGUACAAGUGGAUUUCAAUGUAUCUGAGGACCGAGUCAGAACAAAGACCUCAGCUAAUCCUCUAAAUUCAGGUUUGUUAGUCCACGUUUGAAAAUCUUUCUCUAAGGUAAUGACACAUGUCUCAGCAUGGACUACAGGACAGUUUUAUAAUCUCUGGAACUAGACAGAUAAAUUCCAUCAACACAAAAGUAAUUUCCAGGUGCCCAGCAGUACAGGGUCCUGGUUGCUUCAGGCUAGACCUGCAGGAAGGUCAGUCCAGAACCCUCCUCUUCCUCAUCCAUACUGCUAUACCCCUGAUCAGACCCCUGAUCCAACCCUGUACUAUCAGAACCCUGAUCCGACCCCUGAUCCGACCCCGUACCAUCAGAACCCUGAUCCAACCCCUGAUCCGACCCCCAAUCCAACCCUGUACCAUCAGAACCCUGAUCCGCCCCCGUACUAUCAGAACCCUGAUCCGACCCCGUACCAUCAGAACUCUGAUCCGACCCCGUACAGUUAGAACCCUGAUCCGACCCCCAAUCCA